CCACUUUGUCAACGGGAGCCAUCAUUGGCAUUGCUGCGGGCGGCAUCGCUCUCCUCGGCGCCACCAUCGCAGCCAUCCUCAUUAUCUUCCUGUGCGCUAUAAGGAAACAACGCAAAGAUGCCCCUCCAGGCAUCAAACCCGUCAACCCUAACUACGACCCCGAGGUAGCAGCAGCCGCUGCAGCCGCAGGCGCCAUGGCCGCCGCAGGGGCAGGAGCAGUAGCAGGUGGAACAGGAUCAGGAGCAGGAUCAGCAGCAGCGUCGGCAGCAGGGUCAGGAAACUACAUCCGGCCGAUAAUUGUGGGAGGGUCGUCAGGCACGCCUCUGGUGUGCCACCAGUACCCGUUUGACCUCAUCCGGCAGGUCACGGAGGAAUUUUCCGAGACGCGCAGGAUUGGCAGCGGCGGGUACUCAGAUGUGUAUCGAGCUGUUGACCCCAUGGACCCCACGGUGCUGUGGGCCGUGAAGCGGGCGAAAGUGAUCACCAAUGACUUCAAGCGAGAGAUUAACGAGAUGGCAUCGAAGCACCAUCCGAACCUGGUGCGGCUGCUGGGGUUCUGUGUGGACAUGGAUGUGGUGAACGAGCGCACCGAGCAGAUCCUCAUCUACGAGUACAUGCUCAACGGCGACCUCGAGACCUGGGUGGGGCCAGACGCACCCAGAUUCUUGACUCUCUCCCAGCGGUUUGCGAUCCUGAUAGGGGCGGCGCACGGGCUGGAGUAUCUGCACAGCUUUGGCAUCGUGCACCGCGACAUCAAGCUCGCCAACAUCCUGCUGGACCGCCACAUGCACGCCAAGGUCGCCGACUUUGGCCUCGUGCGCAUGGGCGAGGGCACCUCCGUCGGCACCACCCGCAUCCUCGGCACUCCCGGCUAUGUCGACCCCGCAUAUUCCCGCACCCGCAGGGCGACAACGGCGACCGAUGUAUACAGCUUUGGCAUUGUGAUCCUGGAGGUCAUGACUGGGCAGCGGGCAAUGAUGGGCAAGGGAGAGCACCAAGUCAGCAUCAAGGACUGGGUGAGUGCUCGAUAG